AGGGCAGCAGCGGGGCGCCUCGGAGACGCAUGCGCCCCAAUUUGCGCUCCGGGAAUUAAAAGAGGGGGGAAAAAGCCCCAGGAAAACCCAAGCCCCAAACAAAACGCAAGCGAAAGGCGCGCGGCCCGCAGCCCUCGCUCGCGUCCCCGGCCACAGCGGGAUGCGCACGGACCGGCCGGCGACGCCCGGGCCGCCACUGUCCCCGCACCUGGACGCCGGCCCGGUGGCCGCGCCCCAGCCGCGAUCGCUCGCUGCGGCGGCUUGUUCCGAGGCUCCCGGCGCCGGUGGGGCCCUCGCUCUCCAUGGGGCUGAGGGACUGGCUGAGGAUCGUGUGCUGCUGCUGCCCCUGCAAGUGCCUGGAGGAGCCCGCCCUGCCCGAGAAGGAGCCCCUGGUCAGUGAUGGCAAUCCGUAUUCCUCAUUCGGAGCAACUCUGGCAAGAGACGAUGAAAAGAAUUUAUGGAGUAUCCCCCAUGAUGUGUCUCACACAGAAGCAGAUGACGACAGAAUCCUGUACAAUCUGAUAGUCAUUCGUAAUCAGCAGUCCAAAGACUCAGAGGAGUGGCAGAAACUCAACUAUGAUAUCUAUACCCUGCGGCAGAUUCGAAGGGAAGUGAGAAACAGAUGGAAACGCAUUUUAGAAGAUUUAGGUUUCCAAAAGGAAGCAGACUCUUUGUUGGCAGUGACUAAACUCAGCACCAUCAGUGAUUCCAAAAACACAAGGAAAGCUCGAGAGAUGUUGCUAAAACUGGCUGAAGAGACCAAUAUUUUUCCACCAAGUUGGGAGCUCUCAGAGAGAUAUCUCUUUGUUAUGGACCGUCUCAUUGCACUCGACGCUGCAGAAGAGUUCUUUAAAAUUGCCAGUCGAACUUACCCCAAGCAGCCUGGCAUCCCAUGCCCGGCAGAUGGCCGGAAGGAACUGCGCUACCUUCCAUUUCCAAGUCCCUAAAAGGAGGCUCUGCGGCAGGAUGGGAAUUCUUCCACCAGGGCUCAACAGCCAACCAAAGUUGAACAAUUGCACGUAGAAGAGAGUGAGCAAACAGGAGGUUUGCCAAGUGAAAAAUGAUUCUGAAUCCCACAAAAAUAUAAGGUCUUCAUGAGGACCCUCCUCUGAAAUGUUCAGGUUGCAUCAAAACACUCUGGUGAUCCUACAUCUAGAAAGAAAGUUGAAGAGUUGGUCAGUGGGAUGGUUCUUCAUGGUGAUUACAUUCCAAGAGCCCAUUGCCCCAGGUUUAGUUUUGGUUGUACAAUAAGCUCUGAACAUUAAUUCUAUUGAGAGAGUGGAAUUUUCUAGUGAAUCAAAAAUACUAUUUAUAGAAAGAGCUAUCAUUGAGCCCAAAGAUGGAUUACCCAUUUAAAAAUAAUUAUUAUAAAGUAUAGGCUAACCCCCAAAUAAUACUAGGCAUUAUGUGGCCUCUCUUUGAUUUGGAAAGACCUGCAGAACCUUGGAGGGUGACAAGGCAUCAUUUUAAGCAUCAGUUAUGAUUAUU